AUGGCCGAAUUUCAGGAUGCCGUUGCGAAACUGGUACAAGAGUCACUCGCAGCGACACCGUAUGCCUGCAAGAGCCUCAUACCACUUUCUGGGGGUAGUUCAAAUUAUGUUUACCAUGGAACUUUAAUGGAAACUCUUCCUGAUGGUACCAUAGUUGUGAUAAUCAAGCACACUGAGCCUCAUUUAUUUUCCAACAAAAAUUACAAACUAACUACUACACGAACUUUCUAUGAAUCUCAAAUUCUCAAAUACCUUACAGCUUUCCCGGCUCAGUCCGUUUCUUACAAUAACAUCACAAUCUCUACCCCCAAACUCCUCCAUUAUGACGCUAGCACCAAUACACAGGUCCACACCCAUCAUCCCUCUCCAAAUUGCACAAACCUCAAGUCUUACAUUCUAAAAUACCACACUGCUAUAACUCCUUCAACCGCCUCUGUUAUCGGCUACUCACUUGGAAACUGGCUUAAAAAAUUCCAUAGCUGGGCCAACUCUCCAGCACAGAGUGAAGUUCGAGAAGUCAUGGAGGGCAACCAUACUAUGAGAACUCUGAAGCUGGCAAUCAAUUACACGAAUCUAGUCACGAUGAUUGAUAGCUUCCCAAACAUUCUAGGAGGGAGUAGAAUUGUGUUUGAAAAUGUGGAGAAGGAAAUGCUGGCAUGGAUAAAUGGGGGUACGGAGGGAACUAGGGAGCUAAUUCACGGGGAUUUUUGGUGUGGAAAUGUUCUUUUGCCCGACACACUCCUGUACCCCAGCACACCAGCAGCCAUCUUCAUAACUGACCACGAACUUUCGCAUCUAUCGACCCCGAUUUUUGACCUAGCUCAGAUGUGCGCGGAACUGUACAUGCUCACAUUUUUCAAAUCAAUUCCGGCAGGAAAAGAACUUCUUAUUGCAUUCAUAAAAGGCUAUGGACUAAUUGAGGAGGAUAAGCGAUGGAGGAUGUUGAUCUACAUUGGAUGUCACUUAAUAUGCUGGGGAUCCAGGACUGCAGGUUGGGGAUCAAUGGAACAAGUAGAGGCGUGUGUGGAGUUGGGUCGAGAUUUGGUAGUCAACGGCUGGGAGAGGAACAGGGAGUGGUGUACGAGAGAGGGGUGGGCAUUUCUAACCGAAGAUUAA